GACAGAUAAAACAACGAUUGUGACCAGAAGAAGAACCCAGAGGAUCUAGGGCUUCACAUCUCUCUCUCUCUCUCUCUCUCCGGCGACGGAUUUAGCUCGCAGAUGUUCUUAUCUCUCUCUGGAUUUUCCAAACUCAUCUUCUCUUCUUCAAUUCCGAUACUCAGAUUUUCUUUUUUAGGGUUUCUGGAUGAGAACACGAUGAUGACUGGUUCAAUCUAAAAGAGCUUUGAUUAAAUAAUUGGACGUUUCCGAAUUGAAAAAAAUAAAUAAUUUUUUUAUAGAUUUGAAAAGAAGUGAGCGAAGUGUAAAGUAAACUAAUGAGGGCAUUGCACAAAUCCAAAAGGGUCUCUUGGCCCCCAGAUUUUAAACUUUGUCAGGUACGGCUCUUCAUAUCAGAGGAUUCACCUUCACAAGUUGGAUCAGAAUCUCAAGACCACUUUCAAGCGAAAUCAUCAGGGGCUGCACAUCUAAGUGAUGAUAAUCUGCCACCUGGCUUCGGUGGACUGCUUUCUCCAAAUGAGUCAAUUAAGUUAUCAGACAUCCCAGUAAUUAAGUGGCAAUGCUCUGUCCAGAUUCUGCUAGAUGAUGAAUGGAGAAUGGUUGCAGGGGACGAAAGCAAAGAAGCUGAGGCGCAAAACCAGAGGGAACUGAGAGUUCUUGAAGCAUUCUAUCCUGGCGCAUCAUCUAUUCCUCCUAACCCUUGGGUUCCAGCUGAUGUUGACACCUCAGAUUAUGAUGAUCAGCAAACCCUUGUCAUACCCAUUCUAGUUGUAGAAGAUGACGACGUGGCGGCGGAUACAGCAUCUGAACUCCCAACCCAAUCUGGCGUGGAUGUGGGAACAGUGCCAUCAAUAACCAAUGAGAACACAUCGACUUCUUCAUCUCUCCCUGCAGCGUCAGAAAUAAUGGCUGCGUUAGCUGCACUUUCAAAUAGCAAAGAACAAGGCGGCAGCAUGAUAGACAAAUAUUUGCUUAUCAAAAUCCUAAGCAACCCUAAGAUGGUGGAGAAUCUUGUUGCAAAUUGUGGUAGUAGUGCAGCUUCAGUCUCCUCCAACGCAACACAUGAAACCAAUGGAGUGGUAGCCACCGCCACGACACCUGCCUGUUCAAAUGGCCAAUAUAACCCUCAGCCAGCGGUAUCCCAUAUUCCUCCUCCCAUAGUCUAUCCUCGUCAAGUUCCUUCAGACCAGUCCAACUAUGGUGCACCACCACCACCAGCAAGAGAUGCUAGUUAUUACCAGAGCCUGAUACAGCAACAUGGAGGGGAAAGACAAGAGGCGCCGCCGCUGCCAGUGCAACAACAUCUAGGUGGUUAUCGUUACAGCCUCCAACCUGGAGCAGGAGGAGGAGGACCUAACCCUGAGAUAGUAAAUAGCAAUAGGCCAAGGGAUUCAAAACCCAAGAUAAUGAAGCCGUGCAUGUACUUCAACACCUCGAGGGGUUGUCGCAAUGGAGCUAACUGUUUAUUCCAGCACGAUGCUACAGCAGCUUACCAGCCGAGGAAUGUUAACAAUAAUAGGAAUAUCAACAACAAUCCUGAGAUGCAAAGUGCAAAAAGAAUGAGAUUUGACAGGGUCUGAAGCAGAAGUUAGCAAAACCACCAUCAUCUGUUUGCCUCCUUGAUGUUAGCAGCAGAGCAAUUUUCUUCUUUCCUUUCUUGCUAUAUAAGUUUCAAUUACUUUUGAAACUAUUUCUUGUUUUGACAAAAAAAUAAUAGAAUUAAUCGGCUGAGUACCUCUUGAGAUGAAUUUCAA